AUGCCUCGAACUGCUAUCUUCGUUAUCGACAUUCAGAACCAUAUCGCCGUUGAUCCUACCUCUCGCGUCCCCCAGGCGGAUCGCGUCAUUAGAGCCUCUGAAGAGAUCUUACAGACGGCUCGUUCCAUCAAAGACUCCAAUGAAAAGAGCAACAGUCCACUUAUUGUUUUCAUUCAGCACGAAGAGUCCGCAAAUGACGGAGCCCUAGUAAAGGGGACUGGGCCCUGGGGGCUCGUCUUUAACCCCCGCGCGGAUGUAGAGGGCGAAAUUUUGGUUGCAAAGAAGACAGGGGACACAUUCAAAUCCAACCGCGACCUUGCGCAGAGGCUGCGCGACGCCAACGUCACCGAAAUCGUCGCGUUCGGUCUGCAGAGCGAUAAAUGCGUUGAAGCAACAUGUACCGGAGCACUGGCAGCUGGCUUCCACGUAACUGUGUUGGCUGGCGCACAUUCUACCUACGAUGCUGAUGGAAAGACCGCCCAGGAGAUCGAGCGUGAAGUUGAACUUCGCCUCUCGACACGUGGCGCUCGCGUUAUCCGGUGGGAGAAAUGGGUGGAAAAGCAACAGGUUGCCUGA